AUGUGCAUAGUAUAUUUGGUUUUUGUGAUUUUUUUUUUGGUGAAUAAUGUAUCAUGUAUAAAUUUACAAAUUGGAAGUCAAAAAUAUACGUUGAGUUCAAAUAAAAUUAAAAAAGACCUUCUAGAUUUUUACAACACUUUAAAUGUUUUAAAGUCCGAUAAAUAUUUAAAAGAAAACAUUAAAAAAAUUAAUUUGUACACAAAAUUUCGGAAAAGAUUAUACAAAAAUAGAUUAAGUGUUUAUGCAAAUAUUAGCAUUAAAGAAAAAGGAGAAGAUGUACCUGUUAAAGUAGUAGAAGAAAAAGAAAAUAAAGAGGGAGAGGAAGAGAAAAAUAGGAACGUUCUACAUCAAGAAAUUUUUACGAAUUUUUUAAAAUUUAAUAAAAAUAAUUUUUUUUGUGUUGAUGAGUUAGGGUUAGAUAUUAAUAUUCCGGUGUUAAAAAAUAGUAAUUUAGGUGCAAGUGUAGUAUAUCAGCUUCCGAAAAUGGUGUAUGUAAAUGCGUAUGCAAAUGCUUACAAUACAAUUAUUAAAGGGGAGUUCAAUACAGUAGAUUUAAUAAAAAGAAUAAGUUUUUUUCAAUUUUUUGAAAAUUUUUAUGUUAAUGCAAAUUAUGAUUUUAAAAAUCAAAAAGCUCUUGUAAAUUUAGAAAGCAAAUUAUAUGAAUAUUACAAUAAAUAUGGUGAUAACAUUAGUUUCAACAACAAAGUAAUAAUUGAAAGGAACAAUACUAACGAUUACAAUGGAUCGGUUUGUCUGUCCCUGAAAUAUAACAAUAACAUUUUUACUCCCAUUUUUAAUUUUAAAGACAAGUCUUAUGAGUAUAUAUAUGAUAACUUGAGCGCAAACAGGAAGUUUAGCGUAAAAAUAGAUAAAGACAGAAAUGUUCAUUUUAAUUACUUAUCAUUCGACAAAGUUAAUGAAUCAAAUAAAUAUUUUUUAUUCUUUAAUUUUGUAUUCUCAAACCCAAUGCAGUCAAUAAUAACGCUAAAGCGUGAAUUUAUUUUUUAA